AUGGCGUCUUAUAGCCCUCGGCGGUUCGCGCCUCUGAAGCAAGGUGCUCCAUCCGAUGCUCCCCUCCUGAAAGGCGUUGUCUUUGACGUCGACGGUACACUCUGCGAGCCGCAGACGUACAUGUUCGGACAAAUGCGCAACGCUCUUGGUAUUACCAAAUCCGUCGACAUUCUCGACCACAUUUACUCUCUUCCCACGCCCGGGGCACAGGAGAAAGCAAUGGAAUCGAUUCGCGCCAUCGAGCGCGAGGCCAUGGCCACCCAGGUCGCCCAGCCAGGUCUCGAGACACUCAUGUCCUACCUUGACUCGCGGGGCAUUCGCAAGGGCAUAUGCACGCGCAACUUCGAUGCCCCAGUCGCUCACUUGCUCGGCAAAUUUCUCUCAGGCAGCAUGUUUGCGCCCAUCGUCACAAGAGACUUUUCGUCCACCCAAGCCCGAUCCCGCAGGCAUUUUACACAUUGCUCGGAGCUGGGGUCUCCUAAAAGAGGCGACCGAAACAGGCACGGAGGUAGAAGCUGA